AUGAACGCACCCACAUCCUCAGCCGAAAUGACGUAUUUCAAUGUUAAAUGCAAAAUCUGUCUGAAAACCGGGCAUGGUCUGCACUUUGGAGUCGAAACUUGCAGGGCGUGUGCCGCUUUUUUUCGGAGGACAGUUGUGUUGAAUAGAAAAUAUAAAUGUAGCAAGAGGAGCGGGAAGUGUGAAAUUGGUGCUGCAGAUGAGAAGCUAAUGUGCAAAUUUUGUCGAUUCAAGAAGUGUAUUGAUCUGGGAAUGACAACGGAAAAUGUCCGCACUGACCAGGUAAUCAAAGACGAUGAAGACUCUCAAGACUCCUCUCCAAUCCCCUCAGUUUCCUCUACAGUAUCCCUCCAAAUGACGUCAUCCCAACCUGAAUGUGAAAUCGGGAACCGAGUGGAAUACAGUGUGAUAAAUCCCAAGACACGAGCGCCAGCGAUGUUGAUAGAUGUGAAUGCGAUUAUUAAAAAGUCAAGGGCAAUAUUAGAGACCUACUUCCUGCCCGAUGAAGACUCGAUAUCCCACUUGAACCCUCUGCAACGAAUGGUUUACUCAUUACGAAAAAUUAGAGAAAAGCAAAAUUGGAAUCCGGAAUUUUUUGUGAAUAUAAAAUUCUACGAGAUGUUUUCCUGGUGGGAGGUGCAAAUGAGGGAUACGGCUAGUUGGUUGAUGCACUCGGAUGAGUUUAGAAAGUUGCCGACUCAUGAGAGGAUAGCAAUCUUCAAAAUAGUGUGGGCAGUUUGGCGGCGAUUCGAGAGGUACACAAUGACUGCGGAGAUAUUUGGACAGAGGUGUUAUGAUGAGAAAAUUCUAUUGCAUUCUCAUGAUUCAGCGGCUCGACUAGGCAGCUAUUAUAUAGAUUACUCGAAUGUGUCGGAUCAUGGAUUUGAGAGGUUUAAUAAUGUAUUCGGUGGAAAAAUGAUCCAGUACUACGAUAUAAUCGUGAAACCGUUCCUUGAACUGAAAUUGACUGAAACUGAGAUCACAUUCAUCCUAUGUCAAAUUAUAUGGAAUUAUGCUGGAAGACGACUACAGGGACAGACUCAGGCGGCUGCUGAGAGGUUUUUGGAACAGAUCUCCAAUAAUUUGCAUCAGUAUUAUGAAGAGGAGUAUGAGGAGUGGACGAGUAGAAGUCUAGAAGGAGUGGAGAGUUCUGUAGAGGAAGAUUCCAGGAGUUCUGAACGGAGUGUAGUGGAGAAAAAGAAAAAUUAUGCGUCAAGGCUGGCCAAAAUGAUGCAGAUUGUCAAUCAAAUGUUGAAUAUUCAACUGAAACGAGAGGACACAAUGGAUAUUGCGAUGCUCUUCGAUAUGUUCAAUAUUGUUUUCACUGAACCUGAGUUUUUCAGAGUUUAA